GGAGCUGGCUGAUGGGACUGGGUGGAGCAUUCUAAUCCCAGCGAUUCCUCCGCUGGUCUCCGCCUGGACCACGACUCUCGUCCCCUGCGCUCCAGCACCCCAAUGAUACCCCUCUUGUUUCUGGUCCUCCCCUGUUGGCUCCUGGAGUCCAGCUGCUCCAGGGCGGGGCCUACCGAUGCUCACUCUCUCUGGUACACCUUCACCAUCAUCCAUCUGCCCAGACCUGGACAACAGUGGUGCGAGGUCCAAGGCCAGGUGGAUCAGAAGAAUUUCCUCUCCUAUGACUGUGGCACUGACAAGGUCUUAUCUGUGGGUCGCCUAGAAGAGCAGCUGAAUGCCACAGAUGGCUGGGGAAGACAACUGGAAAUGCUGAGAGAGGUGGGGCAGAGGCUCAGACUGGAACUGCCCGGCAUUGAGCUGGAGGAUUUCACCCCCAGUGGACCCGUCAGGCUGCAGGCCAGGAUGUCUUGUGAGUGUGAAGCCGAUGGACACAGCAAAGCAUCCUGGGAGUUCGGAUUUGAUGGACAGAAGUUCCUCCUCUUUGACUCAAACAGCAGAAAGUGGACAGUGGUUCAUGCUGGAGCCAGGCGGAUGAAAGAGAAGUGGGAGGAGGACAGGGAACUGACUGUGUUCUUCUGGAAGGUCUCCGUAGGAGACUGCAGGAGUUGGCUUCGGGACUUCCUGAUGCGCAGGGAGAAGAGGCUGGAGCCCACAGCACCACCCACUGUGGCCGCAGGCAUAGCCCAGUCAAAAAACAUGGCCACCACCCUCAGUCCCCCAAGCUGCUUCCUCAUCCUCCUCUGCUUCAUUCUACAUUGCAUCUGAGGAGAGUCUUUUAGAGUGACAGGUGGAAGAUGACAACAAGCAGCCCCUGUUAGCCUGGUCUGCCUCCUGCUCUCCCUCAGGGAGGCUGCCUGUCUACUCACCACUGUGCCUUGCUGGACAGCCAGGAGUUCAAGGCUUAGCAAGUCCACAGACCUCAGUAGACGAUGAGGGCAUUGGAGACCCAACCUCGCAUGCCACUCAUUACCUUCAGUGAUGGUCCUAGCAGCCAUUUUUCUUCACAUCCUCUGCCACUUUCUCUCGGUGCUAAAGGUUGGAAUUCCCGCACAAGUCAUAACUGGACAAGAAAUCCCAGCAAAAAGCAUUUUCUCUCUACUUCCUUGAUUGUGGGAAAGCAGACACUUCUCUGAAGCUGGACCUCAUUCUUCCAAAUGGUAUUGCUAGUAAAAUCA